GCUUUUACUGAGUACAGUGUUUUGUAACAUGACAGCUACAGUAUCUUUAAAACGGGUGGUUAAACCAUGUUAACUUGGCUGAAGCGUCGCUAGCUACCAAACUGCUAAUUUAGCUAGCUAGUGAGCUCAAUUAAGGAAGUGUGUGUGACACUACAGUAAAUAACAGCACUGAAUGCUACAAAUCACAGGAUGGACUCCAGUGGAAAACCUUCAACUGCACAGAUUGUGGUUUUAGCCACCAGCUCAGCCCUCACUGCACUCUUCUAUUCCAUUUACAAGAGCAAAGCUACGACAGUUGCCAGAUUAAAGGAAGCCAAGACAGUCUCCAUUAACCAGGAUUUGAAAAACAUCCUGUCUGAAACUCCUGGAAGAUGUGUCCCAUACGCUGUCAUAGAAGGUGUUGUGAGAUCUGUGAAGGAAACUCUGAACAGCCAGUUUGUUGAUAACUGCAAAGGUGUGAUUGAAAGACUUACCUUGAAGGAGGAAAAGAUGGUGUGGAAUCGCACCACUCAUCUGUGGAACAACACAGAGAAAGUCAUCCACCAGCGCACCAACACAGUGCCAUUUGCCCUCGGAUCUCAUGACGACAAUAUUGCUGCCACAGUCCGGGUUAUACGUCCACUAGACGCUGCAGAGUUGGACCUGGAGACCACCUAUGAGAACUUCCACCCCACAGUCCAGUCCUUGUCCAACGUUAUUGGCCACUUUAUCAGCGGGGAACGACCCAAGGGCAUCCAUGAAACUGAGGAGAUGCUGCGGCUGGGAGACAGCGUCACGGGUGUAGGAGAGCUGGUUCUGGAUAACAACCUGAUCAAGCUCCAACCUCCCAAACAGGGCUUCCGUUACUUUCUCACUCGGUUGGACUACGAGUCUCUUCUCAGGAAGCAGGGGAACAGCGUCAGACUGUGGAGGAUUCUGACUGUUGUCUUCGGUGUCGCCGCUUGUUCCACUCUCCUCUUCAUCCUGUGGAAGCGAUACGUACACCACAGACAGAGUAAGAAGGAGCAGAGCCUGCUUGAGGAGUUCAAGGAGCAGCAGAGGAAACGUAUGCGUGAACUCAACGUGGAGGAAAGCAGCGUGUCGCCCACCAGCUGCACUGUCUGCCUGAGCCGUGAACGGUCCUGUGUGUUUCUAGAGUGUGGUCAUGUGUGUGCCUGUGCCCAGUGCCAUGAUGCCCUGCCAGAGCCAAAGAAAUGCCCCAUCUGCAGGGCGAUUAUAGACAGGGUGGUGCCUCUUUACAAUAGCUAAUGUGGAAAUACAGAAAAUGUGUAAAACUACAUAGCAUUUUACAGUCAUGGUAACGCUGGAGAUAUGUCAUUCAAAAGCUGUCUGUUCACCUGUGAAAAGGGUAAUAUUCUGUUUUGCUUUUACUCACUCUGAUAGAUAAAUAGUAGGUAUCUGUGCUGAAUCAUGAUGCAAUCACAUUUCCCAUUAACUAUUCAAAUCAACUUUGGAACCUGUAAAAAUAGAGAAAAUGAGAUUUCUUCUUAGUUAGACACUGACAAAUAUUGGCCCUGUAUCCCGACGCCGAACGAUCCUAAGCAUUUAAGCAGCACUAAAGAGUGAAUGCACCUUCUGAAUAUACGUUAAACUAACAAGACGUAUUUAACUGUCAGUAAACGGUGGUAUAUAUUUAAAAAUACAGUACAUCAAUUACAAGGCUUAAAUGUUGUAAACGACACAACAGAAAUGUUUUGCACUUCAUCAGUAUGAAAACAAAGCUUAAUGCGCAGCCUACAGCUUGUAUCUUGUUGCCUUUUUAAGAAUCAUUUUACAUAAAUAAGUGUCCGCACACUAGCUCCUUAAGUGCAAUUCAUUGGCACUUCCAACAGUGAUGUUUCGAGCUACCGCUCUUCUUCAAACUUAGUAGUAUGCACACACACACAAAGACGCCAUCUUUAAAUGUGCAUGCUGGUCAUCUGAUAGUCACAUGAUACCAGUGAAAAUAUAUAAAGCCCACAUAAUUAGAUUAAAACUGAAAACGUGACAUGAAAAUUUCAGCUGGAAGAGAUAAUUUAUUAGACGAAAACAGGAAGAUGAGUAUGAUGACUACAGAAACGGUCAAACAAGCAAAUCAGAUGUUCAAUAAUUUUUUUUAAAUGUUUUUUACGUUAUUUUACAUCUAAUGUUACUUCAGCGUCAGUGGUCCAUGUUUAGUUUGUUACAUUUAUUUGUUACAUUUAUUUGUCAGGAAUCAUGUACAAAGAUCUUUUUGGGAAACGGUCUUGUUCUCUUUACAUUUGAUUUGGAAGUGUGUACAAACCAUUCAGUCUCCCUGAUUGUUCUUUUAAUGUCUUAAGUUGGGAUUCAGCUUUCGUAAGGCCUUGCGGUUCUUUUAAGGUUGUGUUUUGUGCAGCACAGAGGAGGCAAAGGGAAGGAUUGUGGUUCACACUAAACGUUUCUGUGUAAGAGUCUGAAGAGUGAUGCAGGGUGGUGAGGGGGGCUAAUUGUACAAGCUUCUGUGGUUGUUUCGUUGGUCUGGAGAAAGGGAGCGGGCUGACUCUGUCCUGUUCUUUUGUGAUUUUUUUUCUCUGUGUGCCUGCUGCUAAAGACAUGCAGACAGCUAGAAUACACAGUGGCAACACAUGUAAAACUUGUUAAAGAGUACAGUACUGGAGCGACCUCUGUACCAUCACAGCCACUGAUUGUUCGACUUUGAACCUGCUUUUCCUGGGACGAUGGCAAAAAAAAAAAAAAAUCAACUCAUUGUCUAUUUGCAACUGAAACAUCAUUAAAGACAAAUGCAAUGUUGACCAAAUAAAACUGAAUUGCUUUCA